CACCGCGACUCUCCGCGGGUACCGACACUUGACAAAAAUUCCGCCGGCCUGGCAGGAGUACCUGAUGUGCCAGCUGCACAGCUCGAUUUCGUACUCAAUCGAAAUCGGGCGGGUGAUUUUGUGGUUUUUCCUGUUGUCCCACUUUUUAGGGUGUCUCUGGUUCUUCAUCCAGUUACAGCACAACAGUUCUCCCGGUGGGAACAACUCCACGAUAUUGCUCCAUUUGGAUCAAGUGCAGAACCCAACCCUGUGGACCUUCUACGCCAACGCCUUCCGCGACGGCGCGUACAUGCUGAUGGCGCGGGACCGAUCGGCUUUCACGACGGAGGAGAUCGCUUUGCUGGGCUUAGCGGCGCCCAGCUCCGCGUUUUUCAUCAUGUGGAUGACGUCGCACUUCGUCGUUUUGUUGCAGCGGGUAAACAGCAUGCGGAGCCAGCGGCACGAGCAGUUGCAAUUGAUCCGAUCCGCGAUGGA